AUAUAGCGUUAUUAUUAUUAUUAUUUUUGCACUUAAAGGUUCAGUUUGGUGAUCAUGAUCUUUGUCAACUAUGGGAAUGGCGGAUACAAAGCCUUCUUUGGACAUUCAACAUGGAAUGGUCUCACUGUGGCGGACUUAGUUUUCCCAUGGUUCAUAUGGAUAAUGGGUGUAUCCAUCACCAUGUCAUUCUAUGCCUUGCUGCGCCGUGGUGUUUCCCGCCGUCAGAUGAUGUAUAAAAUUGUGAGAAGAUUCCUUAUUUUGUUUGGUCUUGGCAUCAUCAUAGAUGGAGGGAUUGACUUCUCAACCUUUAGAGUACCAGGUGUCCUCCAAAGAAUAGCAAUCUCCUACUUUGUGGUAGCGACAGUCCAUCUGUUCUCGGUCAAGCACAAUGUGGAGGAAUACAGAAUCACACGUGCAGUUUACAGAGAACUGCGUGAUUUGUUGGAUUACUGGCACGAGUGGAUCAUUAUGCUGAGUUUUCUCGCCCUUCACGUUUGUCUGACGUUCCUACUUCCUGUCCCCGGCUGUCCAACGGGGUAUCUUGGACCCGGUGGCCCUUUGGUUGGUGAAAACAGAUCACUGGAGAACUGCACGGGAGGAGCAGCAAACUACAUCGACAAAGUCAUCCUGACAUAUAAUCAUGUAUACCCUAGAGGCACGCAAAAGAGAAUCUAUAAAACAACAGUACCGCAUGAUCCAGAAGGAAUUCUUGGAACUCUUACUUCAAUCUUCAUGACCUUUCUUGGAUUACAGGCCGGCAAGAUAUUCCAUUUAUUUUCCUUCGCAAGGGAUAGAAUCAUAAGAUUCUUGAUCUGGUGUGUUCUAACUGGUGUGAUUGCUGGCGGUCUCUGUGGUUUCUCAAAGGAAGAUGGUAUUAUUCCUGUCAAUAAAAAUCUAUGGUCGGUAUCAUUCAUACUCACCACAGCCAGCAUGGCGUUCUUCCUGUUGGCUGUCUUCUACUAUCUUAUUGACGUUCAUCACUUGUGGACGGGAGUCCCAUUCUAUUUCGUUGGAAUGAAUUCCAUCGCCGUGUACUGUGGAUCAGAGGUUCUUGGGGAUUACUUUCCAUUCUGUUGGCAUCCAAUCUACAACACCCAUGCAGAGCUCUUGGCCAUGAACGUCAUAGGAGCAGGCCUAUGGGUCCUCAUCUCAUUUUACAUGUACACUAUCAACUUCUUCGUCAAAGUGUGAUACAUCUGCUCCGUCGUUCAUCACUAAGAUCAGCAUUAUUAAUGCAAUAUCUCUCCUGUGUAGAUUUAUACAUUAUUUAGAAUUAUUUAUUAAUAAUAAUGAAAAAUUCUUGUAUAGUGCAAAAUACAUUGGCAAAAUUGUCUCUGAGCACUUUUUAUUAGUGGAGUUGGAGUGGAGAGCACUGGUUUCCUAAUUGUUUACAAAAUGCGAAAUAAAUGUAAUAAUAAUAAUAAGUAUUUCUAAUGCGCACUUUCUAAUGAAUCAUUACUAAAGGCCCUACAUAUGGUAUUAAAUAAAGAAAAACAUUGGAAAUAUUCACAAUUAAAAUCAUCAAACAUAACAUUCAUAUGAGGAAAAAACAUGGACUUCUCUAAUAUUAUUGUGAAAAUAGGUAAUAUUUGACACUUGAUUGGAGUGUCUUAAGAGUGUUCAUAUUCCUGAUAGUGCUUGGCAGUCUAUUCCUCAUAACUGGGGCCACAUAGCUAAAAGCCCGAUCUCCAUAAUGCUUGGUCCGGCUACGCGGAAUCACGAGGGUGGUAGAUGUGGAAGAUCGUAAAGAAUAGUGGCACUGCUUCACGACAUGAAGAUCCUUGAUGUAAGUAGGUGCUGCGUCAUGAAGAGCUUUGAACACCAAUAAAUGUGUUUUUUUUGUACUCUUUCUA